CGGGGUUUUCCGGGUCCUCGAACUUUCCCAGCUGAGAACCCUCGUGGUCUAAGUUAUGAAGGAAGAUCCCUAGUCGUUGUACUGGUAGACUACGGAUCUGUAGACUGAUGCACCCAGUUCUAUGUGUCUCCAAAUUUCUCCUGGAGAUAUUCUCUCAUGUGUAUUCCAGCCAACCAGGGCCUUGGAGCAUGGAACCCUCGGUGCGGACUCGGAUGUCCAUUGCAGCACGUGUGUCGCGGAAAUCCCUUGCAGCACUUGCCAGGACAUGCAAGGCCUUCCAUGAGCCCGCAACAUAUUAUCUUUGGGCUGAUUUAAACGGCAUAACACCAUUACUAGGGUGUGUACCGAGGCUGCGUCCAAUCCGAGUCAUAGGCGGCUGGCAGGGCUCCUGUCCUCAAGGUAUUGAACCAUUAUCCGAGCCCGAGACCCGUCAAUUUCUGCGUCAUGCUCCCGAUGUGCGCGUAUUGGGUUUACACAACAACACACAUUUUCCGCUCCUCGCAGUCCUCCAGCCCGAGGCUGCCGAGACAUGUCUGUUCCCAGGAUUGUGGUCGUUAUCCUGGAUGGUUUCAGAUACCAGAUACCUCCAGUGCCUCGUUUCCCCUGCGCUGCGCCGUUUGUCGAUAUCAAAGCUUUCUUCGGAUAUAGAAUCUAUCAUAGGCCGUUGUCCUGCCUUGGAGGACUUGGCUAUCAACAGGGCCUUUGGAAAAACAGCAGAUGAGCUUUCCCUAGUGUCUAACACUGUCCGUUCGUGCAAGCGGCUUGUAAAUCUGUCGUGUGCACCACUCGACUGGGCAGCAUGGAUGCACCUCUCCAACAUCCCUACCCUUCUCACAGUAACCAUCGAUGGACAAUUUCCUUCCCCGCUGACAUGGGAUCAUCUCAAAUUCUCCCCUUUCCUCAAGCUCACGGCUCUUUCUUUCUUCUCAGACGAUGUCACAGAUAUUACCCCAGUGAUACGACGCGCAGAAUUCCCUUCGCUACAAAAAUUCGCAAUGCAUAUCCCCGGUUUUACAACGGCAAAGGCCGAGCGGUUUUUUCACGCACUGUCACAGUGUAAAGCAUCCCAGACCCUCGAACACAUUAUAAUAGAUUCCUCCUACCUGGUGCUCAAGGAUGACGAGGAGUGGGGCACACCUUUGACAGCAAUCAGACAGUUUCUGUGUUUCACACAGCUGCAAACCCUGAAGCUCAGUGUUUGUCACACUAUUGACAUCGACAAUGACCUUCUUGUGGAAGCCAUGUCAAGUUGGCCGCACCUCCGCUCUCUGGAACUUGAUGGUUACAGCGGUCUUCCUCAGCCUGCUGUGACAUUCCGCGCAUUGUUCACAGCGCUUCGUUUCUGCCCCCACUUGCAUACCUUGCAAGUGAUGAUCGACGCUGUGAAUAUCGAUAUCGAUCCUACAACCGAGUCAUUUCGACACGCCUCCCUGAAAACAUUACGGGUGGGCAACUCUAGUUUAGGAGAUGCUGGAGUUGUCGCUCGCAUCAUUUUCACUAUGCUCCCGUCUGUUGACCGAGUUGGCGACCUCAGGAGGUCGUGGCACCAGGUCAACCUGCGUCUCGAAUCUUUUAGACCUUCUGCGGCUCGUGUCGCCACUGUCGCGGGAGCAGCGCCGAUUUGGCGCCAAAUGACCUGAGUUUGGGAUGGUACACUCACACUCAUGUACGGGGGAUUGUCCUGGGGCUGCUAUUAAAUGCUAACAAGGGAUGGGCAAGGUAGAUCAUACGCUGUCUUUUCAUUAUACCCUGUACUUCAUAACUGUAUAUUUUGGUUGGCCCGUGAUACAGCAUUUAUGCC